UUUACUGUGUUCCCGUUUGCGUUGGCCUACAGACCUAAUUUUUUGCGUGCGUUGGUUGUGCGCGGAAUAGUUUUUCCCGAAAAAAAAGAAACCCACAGGAAAUAAACAAAUAGCGAGGAAAGCGAAAGUGCGAAGCGAAAGAAAGUAAACAAGCGCAAAAAGAACUCGCCGAAACUGCUAUCCGGUGUGUACGUGUGCGUGUGUGUGUGUUUCUGUGUAUUUAAUAUUUUCAAUGCGUCCAUAACGGGAGUCUGUUUUCCGUUCUGCUCCCCCCCCAACUCCGCCCCGCCACCAGUCGUUCGCUAAUUCCAAUGUGCACUAUUUCGUUGAAAUUAACACAUAAAAAGUGGGAAGCGUUGUGUCAUAGAAUUGGAGCAAUGGCAGAAAAGCAACACGAAAAUUAGCAAAAGAGCAAAAUUUCAACAAAAAACAACAACAAGAAAUCCCAAGUAGAACGAAGCACACACAGCCGUAUGUAUGUAUGUGUAUAUACGUGGUGCGCGCCCAUGUGUGUGUGUAGUAGGAAUUGCAAUUUAUAGUUGUUGUUGCCCCGCGGAGAGCUUUCGCUUGUUGCGCGCGUGUGACGAUUGUGCAAGAAGUUUUUUCGCGUAAAAAUCGGGAUAAGGAAAUCGAAAGAAUUGCGAGAAUAACAUAAGCAGAAAUACAAAAAAAAACAGCAUACAUAUACGUAUGUAUGUACAUAUAUAACGCCAAAUGCGUUCGGCGUCGCGUGUGUGUGCGAGGGGGAAACUGUUGCUGAGCGCCAGAGAGAGAGAGAGCACGCGAGAGCCAGCAGCAGAGAGAGAGCAACAACGAUCGGCGAAAUGAAUCACACGCUAGCUUUGUUUUGCGAAUUAUAAAUUCGCGUUCUCCACAUAUGCGAAUUCCCAUCGAACGACAGGGAGAGAGCGAGAGUGGAAAACCAACAACAAGACCCAAGACAUAAUAAUAGAACUUUUGCUUUCGGUUCCAACUGGUUUUUGUAUACAUAAAACCGCCAGCCAGCGAGAGACAGAGAAGGAGACACAACGAGAGUGAGCAGAGAGGAAACAAAGAGGCGGCGGCAGCUUCCAGCUCUUCUCCUUCUUCCUUUCCAGCGAUCUUCGUCUUGGAAUUCAUGGAAACCGGGCGCAUGCGCAAAACAACAAGAACUACAAAAAGGAAAUACAACAACGUCAGCUGCAUGAAAGGUCCUUAAAAACAGGAAAGCAAUUCCAAAAAAACCUACGAAUACUAUCGUUACCUGCCAUCACCAUCACCUUACACACUCACACACACAUCACAACGAAACGUACAAAAAAAGAUUAGGAAACUAGUUGUUACAACCUAAAUAGCAAUAAAAUGGAUACCUUCAAUGUACCUUCAAUGCUGGCGGAAAGCAACGGCACCAACUAUGCAACAGAAGCUACCAGCAACCAUCACCACCUGCAACAGCAGCAGCAGCAACAUCAGUCCCUGUUGCUGCCCCAUCAUCACAAGGAUCAAAUGCUAGCCGCUGGCAGUACACCAAUGCUACCAUUUUACUCCCACCUGCAGAUGCAGCAAAAGGAUGCAACUGGGACACCAACGGCAGCAGCAGCACCAGCAGCAUCUGCAGCAGAUAACUUUAGCACAUUGCAGGCAAUCGAUGCCAGUCUGGAUGGCGGCAUAUCCUUGAGCGGACUCUGCGAACGCUUCUUUGUGGCCAGUCCAAAUCCACAUAGCAACAGUAAUAAUAUGACCCUAAUGGGCACUGCGUCAGCGGCAGCAACUACCACUGCAACGGCUACUACAACUACCAAUAAUAAUAAUACUACUAAAAACAAUGUGGAGGCUAAGGCAGUGAGACCAUCAAAUUCGGUGAUUAUUGAAUCCGUGACGAUGCCAUCUUUUGCCAACAUUCUCUUUCCCAAUCAUCGCACCAAUCACCAGCAAGAGUGCAUCGAUCCAACUUUGCUGCAAAAGAAUCCUCAGAAUAAUAAUAAUAAUAAUAAUAAUAUUGUACCACCCGUGGAGUAUCAUCAAUUGAACCCCUUGAGGGUCAACUCCUCUUCAACUUCCGGUUCUGUGUCAACCAGCAAUUUCCUCUCCUCCACCACAGCCCAGUUGCUGGACUUUGAGGUGCAAGUGGGCAAGGAUGAUAGUCACAUUAUCAGUACCACAACCACAACGGCUACGGGAUCGGGAUCGGGAUCUGGUUCCGGAUCAGGAUCAGGAUCAGCAACAUCCACAACGACCACUGCCAAUCCGACGAGGAGCUCGUUGCACAGUAUUGAGGAAUUGGCUGCCAGUUCAUGUGUCCCAAAAGUCACAUCGCCCAAUAAUAGCAAUAAUAGCAGCAAUGCCAGUACAACACCACAGCAGCAACACUCCAGCAGCCAGCAGCAGCAGCAGCAGCAACAUCACAUGCAAAGUGGCAACAAUAGUGGCUCUAAUCUCAGCACCGAUGAUGAGUCCAUGUCCGAGGGAUUCGGUCUAGAAAUCGAUGAUAAUGGGGGCUAUCAGGACACCACCUCCUCGCAUUCCCAACAAAGUGCUGGCGGCGGCGGCGGAGGUGGCGGUGGCAAUGGCGGCAAUCUCCUCAACGGCAGCUCCGGCGGCUCAUCCGUCGGCGGUGGCUAUAUGCUCCUCCCCCAAGCGGCCAGCUCCAGUGGCAAUAAUAAUAACACUGGCGGCGGUGGUCACAUGUCCUCCGGUUCGGUGGGCAAUGGCGGUGGCAAUGGUGGAGGCGGCGGCGGCGGCGGCGGAGGAGCUGGUGGCAACUCUGGCGGUCCCGGUAACUCGAUGGGCGGAACAAGUGCCACGCCAGGACAUGGCGGUGAAGUGAUCGACUUUAAGCAUUUGUUCGAGGAACUGUGCCCCGUUUGCGGUGACAAGGUCAGUGGCUAUCACUAUGGCCUGCUCACCUGCGAGUCCUGCAAGGGUUUCUUCAAGCGGACCGUGCAGAAUAAGAAGGUCUAUACCUGUGUGGCGGAACGAUCCUGCCACAUUGACAAGACGCAGCGGAAGCGGUGUCCUUACUGCAGGUUCCAGAAGUGCCUCGAAGUCGGCAUGAAAUUGGAGGCUGUUCGAGCGGAUCGAAUGCGGGGUGGCAGGAACAAAUUUGGACCGAUGUACAAACGAGAUCGGGCGCGGAAGCUGCAAGUGAUGAGGCAACGACAGUUGGCACUCCAAGCGCUUCGCAACUCAAUGGGUCCGGAUAUAAAGCCAACGCCGAUCUCGCCGGGCUACCAGCAAGCAUAUCCAAAUAUGAACAUUAAGCAGGAAAUUCAAAUACCUCAGGUAUCCUCACUCACCCAAUCGCCGGACUCGUCGCCCAGUCCCAUUGCCAUUGCGCUGGGACAGGUGAAUGCCAGCACGGGCGGUGUGAUAACCACGCCCAUGAAUGCCGGCAACGGUGGCAGUGGCAACAGUGGCAAUGGUGGGGGUCUCAAUGGUCCCAAUUCCGUGGGCAAUGGCAAUAGCAGCAACGGCAGCAGCAGCAGUACCGGCGGCGGCAAUAAUAACGGCAGCAGCACGGGCAAUGGAGCGUCCGCCGGUGGUGGAGGAGGAGGAGGUGGCGGCGGCGGCGGCAACAAUGCAGGCGGCGGGGGAGGAGGCGGCGGCGGUGGCGGCAAUAACUCCGGAGAUGGCCUGCAUCGUAAUGGUGGCCACGAGGCUGGAAUUGGAUCUCUGCAGAAUACGGCCGACUCGAAAUUGUGCUUUGAUUCCGGCACACAUCCAUCGAGCACAGCCGAUGCGCUUAUUGAGCCAUUAAGAGUCUCACCAAUGAUUCGUGAAUUUGUGCAAUCAAUCGACGAUCGGGAAUGGCAGACGCAAUUGUUUGCUUUGCUGCAAAAGCAGACCUACAACCAGGUGGAAGUGGAUCUCUUCGAGCUAAUGUGCAAAGUGCUCGACCAGAACUUGUUCUCGCAAGUGGACUGGGCACGGAAUACGGUCUUCUUCAAGGACCUCAAGGUCGAUGAUCAAAUGAAGCUACUGCAGCAUUCGUGGUCAGACAUGUUGGUCCUGGAUCACCUGCAUCAUCGCAUUCACAAUGGCCUGCCCGAUGAGACGCAGCUGAAUAAUGGUCAGGUCUUCAAUCUGCUCACUGGGCUGUUGGGUGUACCACAAUUGGGCGAUUAUUUCAACGAGCUGCAGAAUAAGCUGCAGGAUUUGAAAUUCGAUAUGGGCGACUAUGUCUGCAUGAAAUUCCUAAUCCUCUUGAAUCCAAAUGUGCGGGGUAUUGUCAACCGGAAGACUGUUUCCGAGGGACAUGAUAAUGUGCAAGCCGCUUUGCUGGACUACACCCUCACCUGUUAUCCGUCAGUUAAUGACAAAUUCAGUAGGCUAGUGAACAUCUUACCGGAAAUCCAUGCCAUGGCCGCACGCGGUGAGGAGCACCUAUACUCCAAGCAUUGUGCCGGCAGUGCACCAACCCAAACGCUGCUCAUGGAGAUGCUACACGCCAAGCGGAAGGUGUAGAAUAUUGGGGAAACCUCAACAUAUGACACGGAAUACUUAAUCAUUUAUGAAAUGUAAAUAACGAGG